CAUCAGCACGAAAAAGAAUAUCAGAAAUUGUGAAACCACUAGGAGAUCAAGUAAAACGUAUACAUACAGAUGGCUUUAUUGUAGCUGGAAAAGUAGAACUUAAAACGGGAAUAGAAAUGGGUGAGCUAAAAUUUGAGAAAAAAGGUGUUUGUGUAGUAAAAAAUUGUAUAUCAGUCACAUGGAAACCAUCAUAUCCGGAAAUUCCAAACUUGAUUACAAAUAUUUUACCAGAUUUUGAGAAAAUACAACAAGAUAAAGAGCAGAAUACAAAGUUAGAUACAGAGUAUCCUGCUUCACAGACAGUAAAAGGGAAACUAUCAAAAAAGUCUGAUAUAAAUCUUCUGAAUGAAAUUAUAAUAGAAAUAUUUCAACAUUUACGAACACAAAAUGAUAGAUUAGACACGAAGUGUCCUGCUUCACAGUGCG